ACCACAGUCCAUCAAAACCUUGUUCAAUUCUGAGUGAGUGAGAGACCGUGAACAAAGAGUUAAACUUUGCAUCUUGGUGUUGGGAUUCAAGAGGAAGCAACAGAGAGGAAAUGGACAACUCUAAGAUGGGCUUCAAUGCAGGGCAGGCCAAGGGCCAGACUCAGGAGAAGACCAACCAGAUGAUGGACAAGGCGAGCAACACUGCUCAAUCCGCAAGGGAUUCCAUGCAAGAGGCUGGCCAGCAGAUGAAGGCCAAAGCACAGGGUGCUGCUGAUGCAGUGAAAAAUGCCACCGGGAUGAACAAAUGAAGAGCUCCGAUAUGGCUGAAUAAAUAAUUAAGCUCUGAUUAUCUUUUGCUUUUUCUUAUUUUUGAGGUCGUUUUAUUGUCGUUUCUUCUUGUCAAGGUCUUAUUAUGAGGGUCCCUUUUCUCUUUCAGUAGUUCUUUUCGUUUCUUGGUUGAAUGAAGGGGGCAACUCUCUGUGUUUGGGAGUUCUCAUCUCGCUUCAUAAAGUCUCAGGAUGUAGUUGCCUUUUGAGAAUGUUGUGUUCUCUCUCAUAAUGCUAUUCUGAUUUUGCUCUC